UGAGCUGCUUGAGGACAUGUGGGGGGGAAAGCCCCGUCCAUUGUUGGCUUUGCGUCUAAACCCGCCCGAGUUUAGCAGGAAAACUCCGCGUCAAAGGCGCUUGUGUGCACUCGUUGCCUGAGAAAAGAGGUGCAUCGAUCACCAAAACAACCACCUGCCUCCCUCCUCCUUCACUGCCUUGCGAUAAACUAUGGUCCCGUCCGGACCUUUAUCGUGAAGUACCAGUAUUGUCUCAUCUGCAUGCCAAUGUACGUCUAACCGACUUCUCCCAGCUGGCUCUGCAAUUCGUUCUCCGGUAAGUUCAGCAAGUUCCUUUCUUCUAGUCUUUUCCUUUCUUCUCUUUCUUUUGAUUUUUUCGUUCGCACCGCGCUGUAUACUUCAAUGGCAUCGUCACCCCUGCCCUCAACCCCUAGAGCGGUAUCUGCGCCUUCUCCGACUGCCGAUCAGUCUCGUACACCUGGAAAAUGGCGCCAUCCUCAACUGGCUGAGAUAGUCCGGCGUCAGAAUGCCAGCACAUUCGGAGAUCAAAACAUAAAAAGUAUUGUCUGGAAUAGCGUCGCUCUUAUUGCGGUGCGGGCUUACGGCGACACUGUCCAGUCAUAUUCUAGUUCACUACUGAACACACUCGAAAUCUCGAAGAUUUUCAACUUGUUGCGUUUGGUUCUACAACUUCUAUUCUUGUCAAACAUAGCUCUGGCCCUGUCACCUCUAGUCCGAUCAAAGGACGACCUCUCCGAUAUCCCCCUCACCCCUACUCAGCGCUCUCUCCUUGGCCUCGAUCCCUCUACUACAUCGCCCCUGACGCCGGGAAGUACAUACGUCACCCCACCGAAGUAUCGGCUUUCUGCGUCGCGAACAGCAAGCUCUGCUAGCAAGGUUGCGUCGCCUUUAUCGACAAGCGCCAGCGCUUCAGGACGUCGACUUUCGUCGGGCGCAUCGUUUUCCCCCUCUACCAGUCCGCUAUUCCACAAGGCAGUGUCAAAUGGUGGAAGGGACAACGGACGCCGGCCCAGCUUCGGAUCGUCUACCGCGUCGUUCGGGCGGAGCUCAUUGUUCGGAGAGUCCAGCAUUGCGCCGUCGACUCCAUCUCCUGUUGGUGGCAAGCGUGUGAACCUGGGGUUGAGCAACAAGUGGUUAUAUGAGCGGAGUCGGCGGCUAUCAGCCAGUAACGGCAGUCUAUGACUGGAUUUUGUUAGGGAAGAAUUACAGCGACCUAUGGAAGGAGGUGGACGGCAGCAGUUAUUUUUCGUAAGAGAAAGCGUUUCAGUUUUAGAUCCAAUUGUAUCAUUCCGGGAGUUGUCUAUUAUACUAGGUACGUGGAGUAUGCGACCGGAGGCCGCAGCUCGAAAUGAAAUGAAAUUUAAAUCAAGCCAAGUC